CGCUUCCCAGCGCCGCGGCCACGGCCCGCCCCGCCCGGGACUGGAGGAGGAGGAGGAGGAGGCGGCUGAAGCCGAGGAAGCGGCGGGCCAGAGCGCGGCGGCGCCCUUCUUCCUCCGCCAGUGCCCGGCUGCGGCGGCGCCAAGGAGAGGGGAAGCUGAGAAGCAAACUGUUGGAUUGGUGUGGACAACUUGUGUCCCUUCCAGCUGACACAAGUUCCAGAGCUCAGAGGUGUAGCUGCAGAAGCAUGGCUUCUUCCAAGCCUUUGGCCAGGUUCUGGGAGUGGGGCAGGAACAUCAUCUGUGUGGGAAGGAAUUAUGCUGACCAUGCCAAAGAGAUGAAGAACGCCAUUCCCAUGGAACCCCUCUUCUUCCUCAAGCCCUCCUCGGCCUACGUCAGGGAAGGCUCUCCCAUCGUCCAGCCUUACUACUGCAACGUGCUGCACCACGAGGUGGAACUGGGGGUGGUGAUCGGGAAGAGAGCUCAGGCAGUUCCCCAGGAAGCGGCAAUGGAGCAUGUGGCAGGCUACGCCCUCUGCUUGGACAUGACUGCCAGGGAUACCCAAGACGAGUGUAAGAAGAAAGGGCUUCCUUGGACCCUGGCCAAAGGAUUCAGCACCUCCUGCCCAGUCAGUGACUUUGUGCCCAAGGAGAAAAUCCCAGAUCCGCACCAGCUGAAGAUCUGGCUGAAGGUCAAUGGCGACUUGCGGCAAGUUGGGGACACGUCAACCAUGAUCUUCACCAUUCCCUACAUCAUCCACUACAUCAGUGCAAUCCUCACGCUGGAAGAAGGUGACAUCAUUCUUACCGGGAGCCCCAAAGGGGUGUCUGCUUUGCAUGAGAAUGAUGAGAUAGAAGCUGGGAUCCAGGGGGUUCUGAGCAUGCGGUUUCGGGUCGCAGAGCAGAAAUGCCGGCCUUGAUGUGGGGUGUGCCUAUUCUCACAAGAUGGGGGCCCUUUUCUUGUGGGGAUAGGAAAGAAUGGAGGCUGAGCUGCUCCUUUUAUGGCCAGCCUAUCUGGGUUCUCUUCUCCAGAGGUAGAGACACAGAGAUCUCAUCUUGCUGGGCAUCAGAGACAACCGUUAUUCCCCUUCAGCUGCUGUCCUCUUUUGCAGGAGGACAGACAGGAGGAUAGUUGAGUCUCUUGUACUCUGGUUUUCUUCAAAACCUUAAAUCUGGUAAUAAAAAAAUCUUUGUGACCUUUCUUAAACACAGCCAAAGAAUGAAGACAUUUUCUGCCAUGCUAGACUGUGCAACCCUGCCCCCCCCGCCAAAAAAAACAACUCUGGAAAUUAAUGUGAUGAAAGUCAGAAAGUAUUUUUCAAUGAGGUCUGAUGGAAUUAAAUGUGAUUAAUGAAAUGACUUAAUGAACAGUUGAUGGCUUUCUAUGUGCCUUAAUAAAUACCAAGCAUUUGGAAUUUU